GGCAACUCUGCCCAAGUAAAACAAAACACAAAAUAUAACUAAAAUUGAAACAUGUCAAUUUUUAAAGCAAGGGUCAAAGAAUUUGAAGAGGCUCUAGCAAAAGAUGAAAUUGACCUGCAUCAUUUAAGACACAUUUGCAGCAAUGGCAUUCCCGAUGUAAACAGUCUGCGUUCAUUGUGCUGGAAAAUACUUUUGGGCUAUUUGGGCACAAAACGUGAGUCCUGGUCCAGCACCUUGGCCAUGAAGAGGUCAUUAUAUCGGCAAUUCAUUGAGGAUUUAGUAUUACCCCCCGGUCUUAAGGAGAAUGGAGAGCAAGAUAUUCUAUGUGAUCAUCCGCUCAGUGAAGGACCCGACAGUGCUUGGAACACAUUUUUCAAUGACAAUGAAUUUCUCUUGCAAAUUGAUAAAGAUGUGCGUCGACUUUGUCCGGACAUUUCGUUUUUUCAGCAACCCACUGAAUUUCCAUGCGAUAUUGUGGUCAAUAGCAAAGGGGAAAGAAGACUACAUCAACGGGUUGUACCAUCAGUAUUGAAAUCGGCCAAUGUUGAACGUAAAGGCUUGGGAGUGACAAAGAUUAAUCUUAUAAGCAAGCGUUCAGAGGAAACGUACAAAGCAAUGGAUGAGGGUCAAGAAGCUCACUGGGAGGUGGUACAACGUAUUUUAUUUUUAUAUGCCAAACUUAACCCAGGCCAGGGUUAUGUACAGGGCAUGAAUGAGAUUGUGGGACCAAUAUAUUACAUUAUGGCAUCCGAUCCGGAUAUCGAGUAUAGAAAACACGCUGAGGCAGAUUGCUUCUAUUGCUUUACAGCACUAAUGGCAGAAAUUCGAGAUUUCUUUAUAAAAACCUUGGAUGACUCAGAGGGUGGCAUCAAAAAUAUGAUGAAACGUUUAUCAGAAAUGGUGAGAGAAAGAGAUUUGGAAGUUUAUGAGCAGCUCAAAGCACAAGAAUUAUAUCCUCAGUACUAUAGUUUUCGAUGGAUAUCAUUAAUACUCUCCCAGGAAUUCCCUUUGCCCGAUGUUGUACGUAUUUGGGACUCUGUGUUAGCUGAUGAAAAACGUUUUGAUUUCCUAUUGUACAUUUGUUGUGCUAUGAUAUUAAUUCAACGUGAACAAAUAUUACAAAAUGACUUCGCUUCAAAUGUCAAGCUGCUGCAAAACUAUCCUCCACUCGAUAUAAACAUAGUGCUUACCAAAGCUGCAACAUUGCGAUAACAGCCAGUAAAUGAAAUGUUUAACAUUUUUGAGACACACACAAAACUCGAAUCGGAUUUAGAAGCAAUCAUUAAAUAAUGCCAAGAAACACAAUUUUUUUUACAAGUAGCUUGUUGUUGUAAAUUUCAAGUAUAUUUUUUCUCUACAAUUUUUUUACAUAAAUACUUUGAUGUAUAAAAAAUUAAGUUAA